GAUCCUGGGAGCCUCACCUUGCCAGGCUGAACAAUCAGGGUAAAUACAACGCAUGGAGCACUGAGAGGAACUCCAGUUGGGUUCAGGUGGACUUCCAGCGGCCAGUUGUGGUCAGCCAGGUGGCCAUACAAGGUGCUAAACAGUUCCUUCAGUCCCAGUAUGUGAAAGACUUUUCCAUUUCAUACAGCAACGACCGCCGCAAAUGGAUACACUAUAAAGGUGACAGCAGAGACAUCUCGAAGGUGUUUCCUGGGAACAAGGCAGCCUAUGAGACAAAGAUAAAUACCUUCUUUCCUCCRGUGAUUGGACGGUUUAUUAGGCUCCACCCCAUUACCUGGUACAAUGCUGCCACGGUCCGAAUGGAGUUCUAUGGUUGUGAGCUUGAUGGCUGCUCGUUACCUCUUGGGAUGGAAAGUGGACUGAUCAAAGACCAUCACAUAACAGCCAGCUCCACAGCUUCCAGCUGGAUGUCACCCUGGAAACCUUCACUUGCUCGUCUAAACAAACAGGGAGCCAUCAAUGCAUGGAAGGCUAAAGAUAGUGACACAAAUCAAUGGCUUCAGGUGGAGCUGUCCCGCAUCAAGAAGAUCACAGGUAUUAUAACACAGGGAGCCAAGUCGUUUGGGAAGGAGAUGUACGUCAUGAGUUACAAUCUAAAGUACAGUGACAAUGGAAUAAACUGGACCUUUUACUCAGAUGACGAUGAUAAGGCUGUGAAGGUCUUUUCCGGAAACACAAAUAACAGCGACUAUGUGAAGAACUACAUCUAUCCUCCCAUUUUCUCUCGUUUCAUUCGAAUUAUCCCGCAAGAGUGGAUGAACUCUAUCACCAUGAGAGUAGAGCUAUUGGGCUGUGACUUUGAGUGAUGAAUAUAAUUAUUUUUUUAUUAAAAAAACAAAACAACAAAUCAGCACCACUAUGCACAUAAAUAUUUAAAGUCUUAUUUGAGCCUUCUGUUUAACCCUUAGGGUAUCAAAUGUGUACAUUCAUAUAUCAGUCAGUGUAAAAACUAACUUCAUCAAACUUGGCUUGGAUUUGUUUUUGUUGUUUUUUUUUUUUGUAUAAUUAUUCAUGACCCCCUCUAUUGAGGGAGCCAUGGACGGAGGACCUAAUACAGGGCUAUUCAACUGGUGGCCCGCAGGCCACAUCUGGCCCACGAGUGACCAAAAUGCAGCCCGCCCAUUGGUU